AUGAAGGAGUUCUCCAAGGAGGAAGUGGAUAAGUACUCUGAGGACCUCAAGGAGCUGCAAGACGUCCGUAGCACGGCGACGCAGAUCGAGCGCCCUUCCGAUGCUGGCCGCGAGGCUCUCCUGCGCUACGCCGCCCAGCUGGAAGCGCUGGAACCGGUCUUUCCUGUCUCGGAGACUGAUGUGCGGGUGGGGUUCAAGUGGGGCAACUCGUUCAAUCCGAACAAGAAGAGCACCCAGAGCACUUUCCUCUUCGAGAAGGCGUGCAUCUUGUACAACCUAGGUGCCCACGAGAGCAGGAGUGCCAGUGAGGAGGACCGCGAGACGGAGGCGGGCCUCAAGGCAGCAGGCCACCGUUUUCAGGUGUCCGCCGGCAUCUUCCAGCACGUCCGUGACAAGGUGGUCGGAGGGCUAGUGGGAACUCUGACACAAGACCUCAUCCCAGACGGCCUUAGCGCCGCGUCCACCCUCAUGCUUGCCCAGGCCCAAGCGUGCUUCUACGAGAAAGCGGUGAAAGACCGUGCCAGGACGAAGCUGAAGCCGGGUAUCAUCGCCAAGCUCUCAGCGAAGGCAGCGGAGUUGUACACCCAGACGCUAUCAUGCAUGCAGGGGCCGAACCUCGCCCCGGGCCUGGAUAACUCGUGGCCAGCGCAUGUGGAGUUCCAAUCGAUGCAGUUCUCCGCUGCGGCCAGCUACUGGGAGUCCGUGGGGCUUCACGACGUGGCGGAAGAGACCGGCACGGGGUAUGGCGUCGAGAUCGCACACCUGCAGAAGUCGUCUGACUUGCUCGCGCGCGCCUUCAAGCAGGCCCACAGGAACUCCCUUUCGUCGACGUUCACUACGAAAGCCGAGGCGCUCAAGGGCAUCGUCAACAAGGCUCUCAACUCUCGCGCUAAGGAUAACUCCACCAUCUACCUCGAGCCGGUCCCUAGCCAGGCUACCCUGAACGCUGUGCCGGGCCUUGGUAUGGUGAAACCGACUCCAUUUGUCGAGAACACAGGCCCCGAAGGAAAGCCUCUGUUCGACGGGCUCUUGUCAAAGAGCGCCAAGGCCGCGCUAGAGGACUACAAGAAGAAGGAGGCGGUGGUGGUGGGGGGCAUGGACAACCUCGCCAAGGAGAGCAGCGUCGCCGCCAGGGACCAGCUCAAGGCAGUUGGUCUGCCAGGCACGGUGGAGGCUCACGAGAGCGUCGGAGGCGUUCCCGAGUCGGCCUGGAAGAAGGUGCAAGCUGUGCAGCAGGGAGGCGGCGGCUUGAACGAGCUCAAGGAGAAGGUGGCUGAGGUGGAAGGUUCCGCGGAACGCGCUCGCGCCACUCUGGAGACCGUUGAGAGGACCUUGGACGAAGACGUCCGCAAAGACGAAGCGUUCAGGAAGCGGUAUUCUGGAGAGUACGAAGGCAUGUCUACGUCGGAGCUAGGGGGAGACUUGCGCAGAGACGUAGAGCACUACCGAGGCCUCUGGAGGACCGCCAGGAGCGCAGACACAAAGGUGAUGAGUCGCAUCGAGGAGCCAUCCAACCGUGAGGGGCUUGAGAUGCUGGAGCUUACGCGCGCCGGAUUGGACGCGGCCAUGCCCGCAGGCAAGGGCAAGGGCGCCGGCCAACAAGGGCAUUCGGUCGACACGGCGGCGCUGUCGGGGAAGCUGGGGGAACUGGCGACCCUACUGGCAGACAGGGAUGCCAAGAUGACACAAGUUCAAGAAUACGUCAAGAACAGGACUGUCGCGAACGAGCUGGCAGUGGCGGGGCGUAACGGCGGCGGCACCCCCGAGGCCUACCAUGUCGCCGUGGAGCACGCUCUGGCAGGUCUACAGCCGUUCAAGGCCGACAUCGACGCGAGCGUCAAGAUGCAGGGACCUUUGCUCGAGCAGAUCUUCGCCGAGAAUGAGAGGUUCCAGAAGGCCAGGGCCUCGGACCAAGAGACCCUCGACAGGGAGGCGUUUUUGCAGAAGGUACACGCGAGCGUGGUGCUGUUCCACGACGUGCAUGCUCUCCUGUCGGAGGGGUCCAUGUUCUACUCCGACCUGCUGCAGCGGCUGGCGCAGCUCAACCAGACCUGCGAGGACUUGGUGUACACGCAAGCGCUUCACAGGCGAGAGUUCGAGGUGGGCUACACCCAUCGACGGGAGAGGGCCCUCAAGGAGGGGGAAGACGCGUCCAUCGAGCUUGCUCGCCAAAUGGAGUCUCAGGAGCGCCAUCAGCGGCCUACCCUUACGCACGAUGGCACCCGCCGUCGGGGCAGCAGCAACCACAGCAGCAGCAGCAGCAGCAACAGCCGGGCCAUGGAAUGGGCUGGGGUGGCCAGCAGCAGCAGCAACAGGGGGGACCUCCGGGCUACCAACAACACCAUGCCCAGUACCCCCCCGGGGGCUCGGGACCCCCGCCUCCCCAGCAGGGUGGCUACUAUGGAGGCCCGACCGCUGCUCAGGCACCGCAGGCCCCCCCCGCAGUAG